CCACGCGGAACGGCAACAGCAAGCUGCCUCUCUCCCUUGCGCGCGCGUGAUUUCAUCUUCGUCCGAUCCCAUCCCACCCCACCCCACCUCACCGGAGCCCCUCUCCCCCUAACUCCUCCGGCAGCUGCUCCGAUCCCGAACCGUGAUUCGCUCGAUGGCGGCAACCGCGGGCGGCAACAAGAUCCGCAACGCCAAGCUGGUUCUUCUUGGGGACGUGGGCGCCGGCAAGUCCAGCCUGGUCCUCCGGUUUGUGAAAGGCCAGUUCGUCGAGUUCCAGGAAUCCACCAUCGGCGCGGCUUUCUUCUCGCAGACCCUGGCGGUGAACGACGAGACGGUCAAGUUCGAGAUAUGGGACACGGCGGGGCAGGAGCGGUACCACAGCUUGGCUCCCAUGUAUUACCGGGGCGCUGCGGCUGCCAUAGUUGUCUACGACAUCACGAACGCGGCCUCUUUUACGCGUGCGAAGAAAUGGGUUCAAGAACUUCAAGCACAAGGAAACUCGAAUACAAUAGUGGCUCUUGCCGGGAACAAGGCUGAUUUGUUAGAUACGAGGCAGGUGUCAGCAGAUGAAGCAAAGGCGUAUGCUCAAGAGAAUGGUCUCUUCUUCAUGGAAACUUCUGCCAAAACAGCUACCAAUGUGAACGACGUGUUCUAUGAGAUUGCGAAGAAACUGCUUCAAGGGCAGCAGGUUCAGAACCCACAAGGCGGGAUGGUUCUCAACCAGAGACCACCUGAGAGGAUGGUGAGCUCUUCUUCCUGCUGUGCGUGAAGCGCAAGAUGGAAGUGUGGAUCACAUGUUCCAUGGCCUGGACUCCAGGAGUAUUAGGUGCGCGGAGGCGGGGAAGAAUGUUGCCGAAUCUUGUGAAGUGGUUGCCAUCCCAGUUGCUGAAAUCCUGUACUUUUCACUGCUUGUUCGUUGCCGUGUUCCUUGUAAAUGUGAAUACUUAUUACUUUGGAGACUCACGUCACGUGUUCUUACGGUGCAUGAUCGUGCU